AUGACUUUACCCUCAAUAUAUGCUACCGGACGAGAUAAGAUCGAUUCAUUGUCGAAAAGUCAUUCUCAUAGAUCGCCCGGCAUUACAUCAUCCUCUUCUUCCUUAGAUGAAUUGAAAUCAUUUUCAGAUCCUAAAACAAGCCAUGGCACCAAGUAUUCGAUUGAAGAUCUUGACCGAAUAAUACUCCAGAAGAACGGCCAUAAUGACAAUAACAAUAAUGAAAGCACUAUUACUCAACAAUAUAAUGAUAAUAUACCGCAUGAAUUAAAUCCAUAUUCAAUUGCCGAAAAACACGAAUCCAAUGAUGAUUUAGAAGAUGACAUUCCCAUGGUGGAUAUAAAUGAUGAGAAUGAAAUUGAGCAACUCUUGAAUUAUUUAUCUAAUGAACGAAGUACUUUUACUUCAACUCGAAGUAAGACAUUGCAAGACGAUUAUAGGAGUAAUACCAGCAUGGUACCACAGCAAGAACAAUUAUAUGAAUACCAACAAUGGGAACAAGAGCAAGAACACUUUACUAAUAAUGUGUCAAUCUUACAAAAUGAGUGUGUAAGUGGUGUUAAUUCUAUAGCCAAUGAAAAUACCAAUAACGUGGCUCUACCGAAGUUGAAGACCAUGUUUGUUAUCGACACAAAUUUCAUCAUUUCCCAUUUGAAUACUUUAGAACAUUUAAGACAACUUUACAGUGUAUAUCAUCAUAUAAUUGUAAUCCCAAACACUGUCCUUCAAGAAUUAGAUGGAUUAAAAUCUUCAAGAAAUAACGAUAAUUUUAAUAAUAAAUCAACAACAGUCGCCAGUUUGGCAAGAUCGGGAAAUCAAUGGAUAUACAAAAAUUUAGCUAAUGUUCAAUCUGGUGUCGUCGGACAGAAAUUAAGAGAAAGGCUAAACCCAAAUUUAACUAAGGAUGAUUCUAUCUUGGAUUGUUGUCUUUACUUCAAGGAAAAAUUAAACUGCUUUGUCAUUCUUUUAUCUAAUGAUAAGAAUUUAUGUUUAAAGGCAUUGACUGAGAAUAUCUUGACAGUUUCAUAUAGGGAUGGAAUGACUGCUGAAUUAAUUGCUACCAAAGCUUAUCAAGAAAAUAUAUCAAGAUAUGGUGGUUCUGGUACAUUGUCAAAUGAGCAACAAAGAAACGCUGAAGGUAUCCAUAAACAUAUAACCACAACACCAUCAAUUUCAUCCCCGAGUUCUGAACUAUCACUACAACAACAACGGUUUAUUGUAGAAGAUGUGUCUAAAUAUAUUUAUGAGGAAAUUUAUUCUCUUGUUUCUGUGGCCAUUGAACAUGUUCUAAUUGAAGAAUAUGGUGAAGAUUUGGAAUAUUUAGGAUUCGACGAAUCACAAAUUAAGACACUGCGUGAUUGUACCAAAAUUCUCUAUAAAUAUUGGAUAUCUGUAUUUUCUGAGUAUUUUAAAAAAUCAAAACUGAAACAGAAUGAUUGGAAAGAUUUACCUCAAUGUUUAAUUAAUGCUCCAUUGAAAAGCAAUGAUUUGAAAAUUUUUGUUCAAUUUUGGCAAGAUAUUUUACAAAAUCUAUAUCAAAAGCGAACUCAUAGAGAAAUAGAAAGACUAAAUUCAUUUUUUACUCAAUUUCAUGAAUUAUUAUCUCGAUUAAGUUAA